GGGUGUGGUCUUGUGUGUGACGUAGACGUUGUUGGCUCUCUCGCGCCAAACGCGGCAAUCUGCGCCCUGUUCUGUUCUAGUUCAUGUUCUUUUUAUAAUUUUAGUCAUGGAUAUCAACAAGCCCAGAAGCAGCACCCAGACUUCCCCCUCCCUUAGGUUGUCAAAUGGAUACAUUCUGCCUGAAGGCAAACUCACUCCCAAUGCCCUGUUUGUCGGUGGAAUUGAUAUAAAGGGAGAUGAAAAUGAGAUGCGUGACUUUUUUGCGCAGUUUGGGGCUGUUAAAGAGGUCAAAAUAAUCACAUACCGUGGAGGGAUUUGCAAAGGGUACGGCUUUGUGUACUUCAGUGAAGAAGUCAACAUUCAGUCAAUCAUUGAUCAACCAAUCAGUUUUAAAGGCCGCAAACUGAAGCUGGGCCCUGCCAUCAUGAAAGAAAGAAGUGCCAGGUCUCUGCCUCCCCGCUUGUUUGGUCCAGCUCCAUGGAUGAGUCCCACACAGUACUUCUACUGCACAUGCUGCCCACCCAUGGGUGUGUGCCCCUCACCCAUCAUCAGUGGAGGCAGCCCUUACAGUCAGCCGUACUACUCAAGUUUUGGAGGAGUGAUGGUGCCCCCGAUGCCAGUGAACUACACACAGAAUCCUUAUGCAUACCAGUACUCUCCAUCUCACUGGACCCCAGACCAGAGGACUCAACCUGUCAGCCAGAGCUUUAUGGACUGUGGAGUUCAGACCAUGCUGAAUGUUCUUUAAACUACUGACACUCCUCAGGCUACAGAGAUAAAGAGGAGACGUGACACUGAUGCUCUAGAAAGAUGGAAGCAACCAAAUGCUCAGUGUUUAUUUCCUACCUGGUCCAACUCUCCUCGCCACAGCCACUCUGCUUUUAACCCACUUGGAUCAUAGAGACAGCCGGCUCACCUGAUCUAAUUAUCCCUAAGAGAACUUUUAACCCUACACCCUUUUCAGAUGUAUAAGUUUAUUUUAAUAAUUUAUUUUUGAGUUUUAAAUGUUAUUUGGUUGUGGCUCUUUUACUGUCUUCUAUGGCUCUCUGUUUACAUCUAGAGUAACAAUGUAAUCUGCUUAAUUCUGCUCUGAUGCAAAUAGUACAUGUUCAUUUCAGUUCAUUGCCCCAGAUGACAAAAUGUUAUAACAUGUCACCAUUACACCAUAAGGGCACAGUGGUCAUUACAUUAAAUUCUGCCACUAAUGUUUUACAUGUAGUCAGAUUUUGUUAAUGUAGGUUAAGUGAUACCAGUAUUGGUCCCUACAAGUGUUGCAUUACACAUUUUAAUUCAAAUGUUAUCUAUUCUUCUGCUCAGAUCUUCAGUUAAACAUCCAGAGAAUUUUUCUGUGGUAGUUUCUGGUAUUCUAAGCAAAAUCCCGCCGUCAAAUCUUUCAAUAUCAGUCAACUGGGACAUGUAAGACCACAACAAUUUUAACUUAAUUAUAAAAAAUUGGGACACAUGAGUGUAACUGUACUACAUCAGUUUGAGGGGGGUCAUUCACACAGUUUUGGUGAGUUUCUUUGGGAAAAGCAACACUGCACAGAGCUUUUAUAUUUACUGGAAGUGACGUUUUAAUGUAUAUUAUCGUUUAUAUACCUUAUCUUCAUUGAUUUCAUUUUUGAAAUGUCUUUAGACACUGGAGUUUUAAAUCAACACUGUAUUUUGGUGGGAGGUUUGUUUUGUGAGGUAUUGUUACAGCCUUCAUUGUUGACUGCUGCAGACUUGCGUUUGUUUCUGCAUUUGUUUUGUUCAGAGAGCCUUGGGACUGCACUGUUUUGUUCUGGUUUAUUUACAGUGUUCUUGGGGGGUUUCAGUCAUAAUACUUGAAAAUAAAUUGUGAGUAUAUAAUCAU